GCGCGCCGCUUUCGCAGAUCCACAAACAUCGCGUCAGGUCCAUCGCUGGUCGACACAGAGCGCUAGUCUGAUCCGUCACGGUUGUAGAUCGGCCAAAGUGCAGCGUAGGCUCCGCGUCUUGUCCUCUAUCGCUUGACUGCUGCACCGCUAGCUCCAGUUUGCUGCCCACUCUAGCUUGUCUUUUGGGUCAUUGCAAGGGCUUUGGAGGGAGCACUGAAGCGCACAUCUCAGCAGCCAUGGCAGGAAUACUCAGCAGGACGAUUUUCAACACAAAGACACCACUCCAACUCAGUCGUAUGUGGUACUCGUCAUCAGUGCCCACCACCAAGCUGUUCAUAGACGGCAAGUUUGUGGACUCGCAGACCACAGAAUGGAUUGACAUUCACAAUCCCGCUACCAACGAGGUGGUGAGCCGCGUCCCCAAAGCCACCCAGGAGGAGAUGCAGGCUGCGGCAGACUCGUGCUCCAGGGCCUUCCACCCGUGGGCGGAGACGUCCAUUCUCAGCAGGCAGCAGGUCUUCCUCCGCUACCAGCAGCUCAUCAAGGACAACAUCAAAGAACUGGCCAGGCUGAUCACUCUGGAGCAGGGCAAGACCCUGGCCGACGCCGAGGGGGACGUCUUCAGAGGACUGCAGGUGGUGGAGCACGCCUGCAGCAUCACCUCCCUGAUGCUGGGCGAGACGCUGCCCUCCAUCACCAAGGACAUGGACACGUACACCUUCCGCCUGCCCAUCGGCGUGUGCGCCGGCAUCGCCCCCUUCAACUUCCCCGCCAUGAUCCCCCUGUGGAUGUUCCCCAUCGGCAUGGUGUGCGGCAACACCUACCUGAUGAAGCCGUCGGAGCGCGUGCCCGGCUGCACCAUGCUCCUGGCCAAGCUGCUGCAGGACGCCGGCGCCCCCGACGGCACGCUCAACAUCAUCCACGGGCAGCACGCCGCGGUGAACUUCAUCUGUGACAACCCCGCCAUCAAGGCCAUCAGCUUCGUGGGCUCCAACCAAGCUGGAGAAUACAUUUACAAUCGCGGCUCCUCGAACGGCAAGAGGGUGCAGUCCAACAUGGGUGCCAAGAACCACGGUGUGGUGAUGCCCGACGCCAACAAGGAGAACACGCUGAAUCAGCUGGUGGGCGCCGCCUUCGGGGCCGCCGGCCAGCGCUGUAUGGCUCUCUCCACCGCCAUUCUGGUGGGGGAGGCCCGCGAUUGGCUGCCAGAGCUGGUGGAACGCUCCAAGGCGCUGCGCGUCAACGCAGGCGACCAGCCCGGGGCCGACGUGGGGCCCCUGAUCUCCCCCGAGGCCAAGGUCCGGGUGAACUCGCUGAUCCAGAGCGGGGUGGACGAGGGAGCCACCCUCCUGCUCGACGGCAGGGCGGUGAACGUCAAAGGCUACGAGAACGGGAACUUCGUAGGGCCCACCAUCAUCAGCAACGUCAAGCCCGAGAUGACCUGCUACAAGGAGGAGAUCUUUGGCCCAGUGCUGGUGGUGCUGGAGGCGGCAGACCUUGACGAGGCCAUCGCACUCAUCAACAACAACCAGUACGGCAACGGCACCGCCAUCUUCACCAACAACGGCGCCACCGCACGCAAAUACACACACGAGGUGGACGUGGGCCAGAUCGGAGUGAAUGUUCCCAUCCCAGUCCCUCUCCCCAUGUUCUCCUUCACCGGAUCCAGGGGCUCCUUCAGAGGAGACACCAACUUCUACGGCAAACAGGGCAUCCAGUUCUACACCCAGAUCAAGACCGUCACGUCGCAGUGGAAGGCAGAGGACGCCGGAGUCAGCAGCCCCGCCGUUACCAUGCCAACGAUACGCUAACACCUGAGCAGACAGGCCCGUGAUGAUGAAGAGAACCCAAUACUAGUGCUACUAACAGGAUGAACAUCCACCACAACUAUGCCUUACAGUUAAAGGUUUAGUUAUUCAUAGAAAGAGAGGGGCGGGGGGGGAUAAAUACUGUUCCUUUCGUUUCAUUACCGGCUGAUUAUUUUGGUAGACGAUGUGAGUGACUUUGAAGGACGCUGUCAUUUUUCUGUUAUCUAGCCGAGAGUAUUACACAUUGAUGUGUCACUCCAUUCAAACUACGCUACAUUUCUACCUCUUUCUGGGAGGGGGGGGAAAAGGACCUCGGUUUGCAGAUGUGAAAAUAUGUACAGCAUGUACUUGUAACAGAUUUGACUUCCGUUUUAUUAGUUUCCAUAAAGAGAUAAAGUCUUGAUCAAAUCUUUUGAUCCAGUGGUUAGUCAUGUCUACCUUAAAAUAUUGGAGCAAUCACAAAAAUACUAACUGUGACAGCAAGAUAUUAGCUUUGCAUAUGUUAACAACUCGCACCAAUACUGACAAACCCACUGCCCAACACUCCAGGGAAAUUAAAUGUAGGGUUGUUCUUUAACGGAAAACUGUCUGAAUUUCUCUGUCCCCUGUGUAUUUGAAUGUUUGUCAUAUCGGUAUCCGAACGCUUGAUAGAACAUUGAUGCCUUCGGUUUAUGGCAAUUUGUGUUUGAUGUGGAGGUUGUUACCGCAAUGUUUUUAGAUUUGAUUGAACUUGGAGACUUGUGUGGACUGUGAUAUUGAUUUAUCAAUCGGGGAGUGAUGUGAGGUCCAUAUAUAUUGCAAGAUGCUGUGUGGAUUUACUACUUUGCAAUUGGAUUUUGAGUAUGAUGUUUGAAUAAACAAAAUGCACACCGUC